AUGGCAUCCGAAUCGGAACCGGCAUUUGCCUAUCACGAACCAUCAAUCAAAACAGUCCUCACCUAUACUGGAUUUCUUUUGACCCUGAACAUAAUCAAUUCCUGCCUGGACAAGAUUCUCUACUGUGGGUUAAUUGGUCAACUCUUCAUCGGUGUCCUAUGGGGCACACCUGGGGCACAAUGGUUCGAUCAAGAGACAGAAAGAGUGAUCCAGCAGAUUGGUUAUUUAGGGCUGAUACUCUUGAUCUAUGAAGGCGGUCUAUCAACAUCAAUCAAGUCCUUGAAGGCAAACAUCUUUCUUUCGACAGCCGUUGCCGUCACUGGAGUCUGUAUCCCCAUGGGGCUGUCUUUCAUUCUCAAGGAACUUGUGUCGGCGACUUCUCUCCAGUCCUUUGCAGCCGGUGCAGCCUUGAGUGCAACAAGCCUCGGCACCACUUUUACUAUACUCUCAACCACCCAGCUGACAACUACAAGGCUCGGCAUAGUCACCACAAGUGCUGCAAUGCUAGACGAUGUGAUUGGUCUGGUCAUGAUUCAGAUUAUUUCCAAUCUUGGAAGUGCCGACUCGUUCAGUGGCGUGACUGUAAUUCGACCUAUAUUUGUUUCCAUCGGGUUUGCUGUUGGUCUUCUAUUGCUGUGUACAUUCUGUUUACAGCCAGGGUUAAAGAAAUUGCUUGAUUGCAAAGACACAUUGCCAGCUUUUCUAAAGACUACGAAUUCUGCAUUCCUUGCACAGACGUGUGUGUUAAUCGGCGUCGUGACUGGUGCAACGUAUGCUGGAACUUCGAGUCUAUUUGCUGCCUACCUUGCCGGAGUGAUUGUUUCUUGGUUUGAUGGGCUGGUGGCUGAAGUAAAAACACCAAUUGCUGGUCUGCAGUCUAGUGGAAAUCAUGAGCUGACUUCCAACCAUCGACGAAGCGCGCGGAAUAGCAAGAGCAGGCGCACCGAAGAGACGUUCUCUUCGCGUGCGCAACCUCGAGAAAUUGAAAGUACUCAUGAUGACAUGGCUACGGGUAAAAUUGUCUACAGCAAAUAUUUUGAAGCGCCGGUCAAGCGAGCGUCCAUCGGAUUCGCAAUCCCCAUAACCAAAAUGUUCUCGGGCCAGGUUGUAUGGCGUGGGAUUAUUUACGCCAUACUGAUGACAAUCGGAAAAAUGAUCACAGGCCUAUGGCUCAUUCGGUUUUCUCCGAGCCCUGUGUCGGGUCUAGUCUCUACAAUCAAAAAAUUGUUAGCAUACACUCAUGCCUACUGUGCGAGUCCACGGGCUAUCAGCAAAAAGUCGAACCGAAACAAGAAACUCCCGCAACGACCAGCAACUCAAGAUGACAGUGCAGAAGUCUCAACCCCAGAUAAUGCUAAAAAUGGGUCUCGGCCAACGACCAGAUCUCCUCCACUCACUUCUCGCCCCGAUUCCUACAUCUCCCUCCCCCCAAACCCAAGUCUUUGUACCCGCCUUCUAUACUGGGAUUAG